AUGCCAAUAAUUAUUGGACUAUGCUGGGUCGAUUUUGCAAAGUGCUCGUCGUAAUUCAAUCAAACAUUGGAAUCAAAUAAAACUUCAUAAACUUUGAAUCUAUCCAAAAAGAAGAGCUAAUUUAGAACUUAGGAGAAAGUGGUAUAAGAUUUUGAAUAAUUAAAGAUCGCUUUUGGUUCAUGCUUUGGUAUGCUGCAUUUUAAAAAUGAAAUAUUCAAGACUAUCAGAGACUAUGAUCCAAAUCUAUGGAUUUGGCUUGGUGAUGCUGCAUAUACAGAUGAUGUAGCUGCAGGGGUGUAUUAAAGUGACAACUCUAUGCCAGUUGAUUAUGUGCAGAGCUAAUUUUAGUAAACUUUAGAUGAUCCUUAUUUUCAGGAGAUGAGGAGUAAGGUUCAGGUAAUUGGAGUAUGGGAUGAUCAUGAUUACGGUUUAAAUAACGGGGACUCAACUUUUGAAAAUAAAUAAAUGAUGAGAAAAUUAUACCUUGAUUUUAUAAAUGAGCCGAAGUCAUCCUUAAGAUACACUGAGUCUCACAGAGGAGUUUAUCAAGACUAUAUUAUCUACCAUGAAGGUCUUAAAAUUCAUAUUGUGCUGCUUGAUGUGAGGUUUCAUUAUAAUGAGGAUGGUCCUAAUGAUAGACUUGGAGAAUUGCAGUAUUAAUGGCUCGAAACUAUUCUGAGAGAAAACUCUGAUUCAGAUUUAACAUUAAUUGGAUCAGGUGUGUAAAUUCUGCCUGAAAGAUAUACGUCUUAUGUGGAAUAAUUGGGUCAUCCUUCAAAAGAGAGAAUCUUAAAAAUGGUAAGAGAACUCAAGAAAAGUGGAGUUAUCUUUUUAAGUGGUGAUGUCCAUUAUGCUUAGUUCUAUCAAACUAAAUGUGAAUCUUUUACUGGCUAUAAUAUAAUGGAGAUAUGUUCUAGCGGUCUUUCUCAUUAUCUUAAGCAAGCCUGUCCAAGCAAAUUAGAGAAUUUCAUAGAAGGUCAUACACCUAAGAUUUUCAAGGAUAGUGAAAUUUACAUGAACAUAAAUUUCGCAACAAUCUAAAUCUAUAAAAAAUUUGAUAAGGAGAAUCUUAGAGAAGAUGUCUUAGUAUCAUUAACGAUCAGAGAUGAAUAGGGAUUUGCAGUAGAAGAAAGAGUAUUAUCACUCUUGAAAGAUCUCAAAUUUGACUCUACUAAAACUCGCUACUCAAGUAUGUGCACUAACAUUCAGUCAAAAGCAUAAAAGAUUUUAAUGUUUAACAGACUAAUUGAGAGCUUUAUUGUCGACAAAGAUCCCUAAUUUAUAUACCAGUUCAUUCUCCUAAUUUCAUUCGUUUGGAUAUUACCAUUGUGCAUAUACGAUUACUCUAAUGAUAUUUUUAAGAUUAUUAAGUCUCAUAACCCUGAUAUUUGGAUUUGGAAUGGUGAUGCUGCUUAUACAGAUGAUGUGUCUUAUAUUGGAUAGAGGUAACUUUUUGUAGCAUUAAUCAAUAUAAAAGAUUAUUAGGAUUUCAUAAGUGAUCCAGUUAGAAAGCCUAAAGUAAUUGGAAUAUGGGAUGAUCAUGAUUAUGGUAUUAAUGAUGGAGAUAAGAGCUUUUUGUUUAAAUAGUAGAAUAGAUAGAUAUAUCUUGAUUUCAUUUAAGAACCCUAAGACACAUAGAGACGCAUUCAAAAUGAUACUGGUAUAUUUCAGGAUUAUGUAGUUAAAUACGAAAAUAUUAGCGUGCACAUAAUUCUACUAGACUUAAGAUAUGACUUUGAUAAGCAGGGUAAAGAUAGAUUUGGAGAAAAGCAAAUAGAAUGGCUAGAUAAUUUACUAAAGAUUAAAACUGAUUUAAAAAUUAUUGUUUCAGGCAUUUAGGUUAUACCGGAUAAUUUUUUCUACAAUGAGUAGAUGCAAUCUGAAAACAAGCUUUUAUUAUUUGAUCUUAUAGCUAAAAAUUAAGUCUCUGGAGUGAUAUUUCUGAGUGGAGAUGUUCACUAUACUCAAAUAUACAAUUCAAAUUGUGAGUCAAUAACUGGAGGUUAUAAAAUGUAUGAAUUUGUAUCUAGUGGUAUGACUCAUCAUGCCAAUAUCUUCUAGUAUAGAAUUUAAGAUGAUGCACAGUUCGUAACAAGUUAGUUAUUUUCUGAGGAUCACAUAAAAGUUGACUUCAAUUUUGGGUUAAUCAAAAUAUAAAAAUCAUUUGAUGAUGUUGAACUAGAAAUUUAGAUAAGAAAUUUAUAAGAUGAGAUUAUAACAUACAAGAGAUUGUCAUUAUCAAAGUAGCUGAAGCACUAUAAAAAAAAUACAGAGUAUUAAUAAAUGUGCAGAUUAAUUCACACUAUUAUCCCUGCAAUUUUUAUCAGAAUUACAGCAGUGCUAAUAAAAUGA